GGGCGCGCGGGGACAAUGGCGGCGGCGGCGCUGGCGGCGGGCGGAGGCCCCGGGAGCGGCCCCGCGGCGGCUCCGGCGGGCGGGCCCGGCCCCGCGCUGGCCGCGGCGCGCCGCAAGGACGGCGGCCCCGCCGGCAAGUUCUGGGAGAGCCCCGACACCGUGUCCCAGCUCGACUCGGUCCGCGUGUGGCUGGGGAAGCACUACAAGAAGUACGUUCAGGCAGAUGCUCCUACCAAUAAAACCUUGGCUGGGCUGGUGGUGCAGCUGCUGCAGUUCCAGGAAGAUGCCUUUGGAAAACAUGUCACCAAUCCUGCCUUCACAAAGCUUCCUGCAAAGUGCUUCAUGGAUUUCAAAGCUGGAGGUACAUUAUGUCACAUUCUUGGUGCUGCUUACAAAUAUAAGAAUGAACAGGGCUGGAGGAGGUUUGACCUGCAGAAUCCCUCCCGCAUGGACCGGAACGUGGAGAUGUUCAUGACCAUUGAGAAAACACUGGUGCAGAACAACUGUCUGAGCAGACCAACCAUCUACCUCAUUCCUGACAUGGAGCUGAAGCUGGCCAACAAGCUGAAGGACAUUGUCAAGCGUCACCAGGGAACAGUCACUGAAGAGAAAUCCAAGGCUACCCACCACGUGUAUCCAAGUCCUACCUCAGUGGAUGAUGAUGAGUGGUUGAGACCUGUGAUGAAAAAGGACAAGCAGGUGCUGGUACAUUGGGGCUUUUUUCCUGACAGCUACGACACCUGGGUCCACGCCAGCGAGAUCGAGGCAGAAAUCGAGGAUGCGCCCAUCCCCGAGAAACCCUGGAAGGUCCAUGCCAAGUGGAUUCUGGACACGGAUGUGUUCAAUGAGUGGAUGAAUGAGGAGGAUUAUGAGGUGGAUGAGAACAGGAAAUCCGUCAGCUUCCGCCAGAGGAUCUCCAUGAAGAAUGAGGAGCCUGUGAGGAGCCCUGAGAGGAGGGACAGGAAAGCAGCAGCCAGCACAAGGAAGAGGAAACACUCCCCUUCUCCACCCCCCACGCCUGUGGAGUCCAGGAAAAAGACAGGGAAGAAAGGGCAAGCAGCUCUCUAUGGGAAAAGGAGGGGGCAGAAGGAAGAGGAUGAGCAGGAGGAUCUCACCAAGGACAUGGAGGAUCCCACCCCAGUACCCAACAUAGAAGAAGUGGUACUUCCCAAAAAUGUGAACCCAAAGAAGGACAGUGAGAACACGCCCGUGAAAGGAGGAACCGUGGCAGACCUGGAUGAGCAGGAUGAGGAGACAGUGGCAACUGGAGGAAAGGAGGACGAGGACCCCAACAAGGGUGACCAGAGCCGCUCCCUGGACGCGGGGGAGGACAAUGUCACCGAGCAGACCAACCACAUCAUCAUCCCCAGCUACGCCUCCUGGUUCGACUACAACUGCAUCCACGUGAUUGAACGCCGCGCGCUUCCGGAAUUCUUCAACGGGAAAAACAAGUCCAAGACUCCAGAAAUAUACCUGGCCUACAGGAACUUCAUGAUCGACACGUACCGGCUGAACCCGCAGGAGUACCUGACCAGCACUGCCUGCAGGAGGAACCUCACCGGGGACGUCUGUGCUGUCAUGAGGGUCCACGCCUUCCUGGAGCAGUGGGGGCUCAUCAAUUACCAGGUGGACCCCGAGAGCCGCCCCAUGGCCAUGGGGCCCCCCCCGACCCCCCACUUCAACGUGCUGGCCGACACCCCCUCGGGGCUGAUGCCGCUGCACAUCCGCACCCCGCAGGUUCCAGCUGCCCAGCAAAUGCUGAGCUUCCCUGAGAAAAACAAGGAGAAGCCAACUGACCUGCAGAACUUUGGCCUUCGCACAGACAUCUACUCCAAAAAGACUCUGGCCAAGAGUAAAGGUGCAAGUGCUGGCAGAGAAUGGACAGAGCAGGAGACACUGCUGCUGUUAGAGGCCCUGGAGAUGUACAAGGACGACUGGAACAAGGUGUCGGAGCAUGUGGGCAGCCGCACGCAGGACGAGUGCAUCCUGCACUUCCUGCGCCUGCCCAUCGAGGAUCCCUACCUGGAGAACUCGGACGCCUCGCUGGGCCCCCUGGCCUACCAGCCCGUGCCCUUCAGCCAGUCGGGCAACCCCGUCAUGAGCACCGUGGCCUUCCUGGCCUCUGUGGUGGAUCCACGCGUGGCCUCGGCCGCCGCCAAGGCUGCCCUUGAGGAGUUCUCCCGGGUCAGAGAGGAGGUGCCCCUGGAGCUGGUGGAGGCCCACGUGAAGAAGGUGCAGGAAGCAGCUCGAGCCUCUGGGAAGGUGGAUCCCACCUACGGCCUGGAGAGCAGCUGCAUCGCUGGCACGGGCCCUGAGGAGCCUGAGAAGAUGGAUGGAGCUGAGGAAGAGAAGAUGGAAACAGAGGCAGAGGGGCAGCCAGCAGAGAAGGUGGAGAGCAAAGCCGAGAGCGAGCCUGAGGAAGGGGAGAAGGUUCCAGAAGGGGAGAGCGAGCGGAACGUGGACAAGGAGCCCGAGAGCGAAGGGGCUGCAGAGCCCAAGACAGAGGAAAAGGAGGCAGAGGAGAACAAGGAGAACGUUGAUGGCAGCAAGGACAAAGAAGCUGAGGCUGGGAAGAAGAAAGUGGAGCACGAGAUCUCGGAAGGAAACGUGGCCACAGCUGCAGCUGCUGCCCUGGCCUCUGCUGCCACCAAAGCCAAGCACCUGGCAGCUGUGGAGGAGAGGAAGAUCAAGUCCCUGGUGGCCCUUCUGGUGGAGACUCAGAUGAAGAAGCUGGAGAUAAAGCUUCGCCACUUUGAGGAGCUGGAAACCAUCAUGGACCGGGAGAAGGAGGCACUGGAGCAGCAGAGGCAGCAGCUGCUGACUGAGAGGCAGAACUUCCACAUGGAGCAGCUCAAGUAUGCCGAGUUGAGGGCUCGCCAGCAAAUGGAGCAGCAGCACAGCCAGAACCCCCAGCAGCCCCACCAGCACCCCAGCGGGCCUGGCAUCACCCCCCUGGGGGCACCAGCACACCCAGGGCUGCUGCCCCACCAGCAGCCCCCACCCUACCCCAUGAUGCACCACCAGAUGCCACCUCCUCACCCACCUCAGCCAGGCCAGCUGCCGGGCUCCCUGCUGCCGGGCCAGCCCCUGCCGGGCCGGAUGAUCCCUGCCAGCAUCCACGGCGGCGGCGGCGGCGGGGCGGCCCCGCCCGGCAUGGCCCCGAUGGCCGGGAACCUGCUGGGGCCACGCGUGCCACUGGCUGCCCCCAACGGAAUGUACCCCGGCCCGGCGCAGCCCCCGCCUCCCGCGGAAGGAGUGACCCCACCCCCGGCCGGAGCCCCGCCGGCCUCUGCCGCUCCCUAAGGCAGCCCCGGAGGAGGAGGAGGAGGAGGAGGAGGAAGGAGCUUCCACAGCAGCGGAGUGGUGACCAAAAGAGAAUUCCUCAGUUCCCUUCUGUUCCUGGGGAGGUGUCCCCUCCCCUCCCGGCCGUGGGCACGGCUGGCAGGGUUGGCAGGGCUGGCACUCCCCUCUCCCCCUGCAGCCCCCAGGGCUCGGUGUUGCCAGGGGAAGCUGCAGGUAGGGGUGCCAGGAGUGCCUCCACGUUGCUGCUGGGAAGUCCUUCACCCCUUGGCCUGCUGGCCUUGCAGAGCUCCACGCUGGUUUCCUUCCUCUUGGUGCUUUGGGCUUCUCCUGCAGGGUGAAACAAUCCAGGUCUUAGGGCAGGAGCUGAGCUUUAGGAUGUGCCCACCCCGGGGGGAUUGGGUGUUCUGGGGUCUCUGGGCUGAGCAAAGCACUGAGAGGAGAGGCCAAACCAGAGCUUGGGGCAGAGCAGGAGAGGCAGGGGCACAGCCCAGCAGCCAGGCCUGCAGGGAUUCCUGGUGGCUGCAGCCACAGCUGCCUCUAACUUAUUACAGGAAAUAUUGAUCCAUGGCAGUGAAACCAGGAGUGAAUCAAUCAGAAUAAAACCACUCAAUGGUAGGAGUUCUCUUGCUCCAGUUUUUACCUUUCCUUUGCCUUUGGAGGUGGUAGUUGGACCUUCCCUGAGUAGUUUGGUGCAGUAGCCAACUGAGGAAUAACCCCCCAUUUUUAGUCCCUCUUUUUGGAGCAUAUACUUUGUACUUUUUAAAAUGAAGAAAACAAACAAAAAAAAAAAAAAUUAAAGUAGGUAGCGAAGAAGUGCUAGAAUUUGGGAUUGGGUUGGGAUGGCUGGGAUGGGAAUGGCAGAACUACCUCUGGACAGCCAGGGCAGCAGCUGGGACAGCUCCUGUCCCCCCAGUGCAGCUGCAGGGGUGGGGAGGGCAGCAGCUGCAGCAGGCAGACCUGGGAGCACUCCAGAGCUGCCAGAACUUGGGGAAAAGUCCUGCAAAAAGUCCUUUUCUGCCCGUGCUUCGGGUUCUCUGCCCUCCUCCUGGCCCAGCAGCGUUUGGGGUUUCCCUGCCGAGGGUCUGGAUGCUGCUCCUUGAUUUCAGGGAUGGCUUUUGUCCAGGUUGGGCUGGAGAGAGGCUCCCAAAAACUCUGGAACCUCCAGAACCGCUUCCAGCAUUUAAAAAUUCAGGCUUUGCCAGGUCUUCCAGCACAGGGGCCUUCCCAUUCCCCUUCCCAAGGCUUCCUUCCCCUCCAGGCUCUUUGGGGUGAGCGUGGGAUUUCUGGUGCAGCCCUUAGUCCAGUUUAGAGUAACCUCAGGUUGUUUUUAGCGUGAGCAGUUCCCAGGGUCCAGGUGGAGACUAUUUUUUACUGUCCUAGUGCUGAUCCUGCCGAGGACCUGGGUCCUGGACUCUGUUUUGUUUCUGUAUAAAUAAUCCCUGUGCCCACUUUUUCACCUGAUCUCUGUAUAGGGCCGGUUUGAUUCCUGCAGCAGCCACCCAAUUUUGUGAAAUAAAAGCAAAAAAAAGCGGUUUUUGUACAAA